CCAAAGAAAUUUAAAACCGGAUUCCAUACAACAACAACAACAACAAGACGAGCAGCUUCAGCUACACCAGCAGCCGAUACACCACCAACAACAACAGAAAACAAACAAAUUCUGCUUCUACGCACAGCAGCAGCGACGCCAGCGUCUACGUCUAUCCUCCUCUGCUCGGCAAGAGCAUCAUCAGCAGCUGCUCAGUUGUUUUUGUUGUUGUUCUUCUUGUUUCUGCUGCGGCCACUGUGUGUGUUAGAGGCGGCGACGUCGGCAGAGCAAGCGCAACAGGAGCAACCACAACUCCAAUCGCUCUGCAAGAACUAGAAGAAGCAUCAGAAGACGAAAAAGAAGAAGAAAAGGCAGCAGCAGAAGCAGAGACAGCAGUUUGCAGACGAAGCAAAAGAUCGUUUGGAAAACUCUCGGCAAUCUUUAUGGAGUCGUUGCACACACCCGCACACACACGCACACCCACACACACACAUAUGUAACAGUGUAACAAUAGCAACAGCAAACAGCAAUUCAACAAGUUGCAGACGUGUCUAAUUGCGAUAUCCGUUCUCGCCAUUUGCAGGGCCCAAAAUUAAUGGUAAUUUCAUGCUGUCAUUGCGCAAAAAUCAACACGGCCCCCGAAGCGCCAAGAGAACAAAACAUAAAGUCAGCACCAUUGCCAUCAAUGACCUCAACUAAGUCGUAAAUGCAAAUAAAACGAACGCAACAAUUGCAGCAACAGACGUCCUCAACUGUGAAGAGCUGUGCCUUGUGAGAAAACGCACAGGACAACUGAAGGAGGGACAGAGACACAGACAGUUGCUAAUCGAUUGGUGAUUGGGCCAAGAGAAGGAAAUAAAAACAACAGUUGGCUAGAAUGGCGCACUCAAAGGUAAUACUGAAGAUACUGUUCUCGUUGUGCGUGUGGUCCUUUGUGAUCAUUGGGCUGUUCAAGAUGCAUGGCACAAAUCUAGUGCCACAGGAUUAUCACCAGAUGCCGGCCGACUACCAGCAGCUGCCGCUCAACGGGCGCAGUCUGCUGCAAAAGGAUAUGCUGCGCUAUGCGGAAACCACGUCUACCACAACCGAUCACUUCGAUCCCAGCGAAAUACUCGUCGACAAUCGCACAGCCAUGGACGAUGAUCAGCUGGUGCGCGACGUGGAGUCAAGGAUACCAUCGCUACCGAUCGCCUACUGGAGCAAGAACAAAAACUUUCUACAACAGAAGUCAGCGACAUGCGCCAAAUAUCCAUCGAUCUUUGAGCUGGAGUUCAACAACAUUUACUGGCAAACGUUGCGCACAUCGAACGGCACCUUUCAGCUAUUUGGGGCCUACUAUGAUAUCCGUCGCACCUCGCUGCUGGGGCCGACUGUCCGCAUUCUGGGCAUGAUCGAUCGGAUCGAGCCGAAGGUGAAGACCUACUGUCAGUUCUGGUUCGAUGGCCAGAAGGAGCCGUUUAUUGUGAAGACGUUCGAGUACAAGUACAUCUGGUACAACAAGUGGGGCAACUACAAGCAGGGCAUCUAUCAGCCAUAUCUGAUUGCCUGCCAGAUACCAAAGCCCUUCCACGGCGUCGUUCCCAGCUCCGUGUCAAUGGUGGAGAAGGAGUGCGAUACGGCCACCAAUAAUUUGCGUGUCAUCUACAAUCGUCCGCCGGAUGAUCAGAAGAAGGGUUUCGCUGUUUGCGUUAAGGGUCUGGACUUUCUAUAUGAUGAUCUGAGCGUUCGACUGAUCGAAUGGAUCGAGAUGCUCAACAUAUUGGGUGCCGACAAGAUCUAUUUUUAUAAUCUGCAGGUCCAUCCGAAUAUCACCAAGGUACUUAGCCAUUAUGAGCAGGAGGGCAAGGUGCAAGUGAUACCAUUAACGCUGCCCGGUGGCCAGCCGAAUGUGCCCGGCUUCCAGCAUCUCUAUCUGACCAAGAAGACCAAUCAUAAGCGACAGAACGAGGUGAUACCCUACAAUGACUGCCUGUACAAGAAUCUAUAUCUGUACGACUACAUUGCCCUGCUGGACAUUGACGAGGUGAUCAUGCCCAAGGGUAAUUCCAUAUUGUGGUCCGAACUGAUGGAGAAGGUGCGUCCAGAGUCAUUGAAAUUCAAACCGGACGGCUACCACAGCUACAACUUCCGCAACGUUUACUUCCUGGACGAUCAGCAGCAUGAGCAUGGCUGGCACAAGGAUAUACCCAAGUAUAUGCAUAUGUUGCAGCAUGUGCAUCGGGCCAAGAACUAUACGAAGCCCAAUCAGUAUGUCAAGUGCUUUCACGAUCCGGAGCGCGUGCUGACGCUGCACAAUCACUUUCCGCUUAGCUGUCUGGGCGGUGUUUGCAAAUCGUAUCCGGUGGAUACACAGGAUGCACAGCUGCAGCAUUAUCGCGCCGAUUGCGUCAAAACGCUGAAGAAGAGUUGCGAGGAGUAUCGCGAGAAUUCGGUCGAGGACAAAACAAUAUGGAAGUACAAGGAUGAGCUCAUUAGGCGCACCAUUAAAACGCUCGAGACGCUUGGCUUCUUCAGGCGAAGCGGCACCGGCGCCGGUUUCGGUGGCAGCAGCAGCGGCCUUGGCGGUGGCGCCACAACACACUCAACGGAAAGGUGAUUCGCGCUACUCGGCAGCUGGUCGUGGCCCUGGCUGCCAGUGACGCCCUACAUCGAACCAGCGGCACCUGGCCCACUCGGCAACGAGGAGUUUUUUGUCUAGUAAGACUUGGAUAUCAAUAUCUAAUAGCGAGAGUGUAAGAGAGAGAGAGAGAGAGAGAGAGAGAGGAGAGAGAUAGGGAUCCUUGCCGUCGCAGAAACCGUAAUCGAACUCAAAUCCAAAACUUGAACCCGUCCCCCCGCAGCCCUGAGCUCGAUUUGUUCAUUUUCUGUAUUAUAGAAGUGUUUUUUUUUUUUUACCAAUUAAUAUUAUUAUUUUGUAGUAUUCUGUAAUUUGUAAUUCCCCCACAAUAUAUAUAUAUAUAUAUAUAUAUAUUAUUUUUUAGUUAGUUCAUAUUAUAAAGUUAUUCUUGAUAUGUGUAUGCUCUUAUCGACUACUUAUUACUUUAUUACUAUAUAUAUAUAUAUAUAUAUAUAUAUAUACAUAUACAUACAUAUAUAUAUGUAUAUGUAUAUAUAUAUAUAUACGCACUUUCGUAUGGCUAGUGUAAAAAAAGCGGAUGAAAACACUUUUAAAAUUGUGCCUUCAACUUUAAAUUGUAGUGUGUAGGGUUU